GCAACUAUUGAAAAGCCCUACAAUGUAAAACGAAGCCAUAAAGGAAAAAAAUGUAUAAAAGGACAACAGUAUGAAUAUUAGAAGAAACAUAAAAUUAUGUGCCACAUCGCUGAUGCAAAAAUCAAACAAACAAAAAACAAAACAAACAAAAAACAAAAAAACCCACACAGCUUUCCUCUUAAAGGGAAUAAGAAGAAAUUAUUCUGGAGCUAUUUUGAGUGACCAUUGCCUGGGAACACAGAUUUAAAUGACCUCAAAUUUCAUGUUCCAAGUGGAAGCAGUUUUUAUGAGGUUUUACAGAACGAAGAAACCAAGGCAAGUUUAAAGUACAUUCAUAUAUUUUACUAAAGUACAUCGGAGAGGCAGGUGUAGCAAGACGAGGACAGCUUUACUAUAGUCUCAGGAUGCUAGCUAACUGCAUUCUUAGCUUUUGGUUGACGGAAGCUAGUGGUCUGCUAAGUUAAUAGAUUCCAAAAGGUAUUUUAUCUACUAGUCACAAGAUGUUAGUUCACACAUAGAGGUGGCCAAGUAAUGGCUGUUCUGCAAUGCUAGAACUAGCCCAAGAUAAGGUAAUUCGUCUCUGGACCUGUAGCAUUCCAAACUUUCCACUGUAUACUGCAGUUAUAAUCCAUCAGUCUCUGCAGACACAGCUUCUUUCCAGAAAUUCUCCUUCACAACCGUUAACACUUUAAAAGUAAAAAAUAAUGGUCAUACAGGUAUUAUUCCAAAGAGGAGAAAAAGUUUUAAAAAGCCGGUGUAUACACUUUUAGAUAUGGAAUCCUGGAAGCAGGCUGUGUUCUUUCUUUAUUUUAUGAGACAGGGUCUCUCAUAAAGCCCUGGCUGUCCUAUGUAGAUCAGGCUGGAUUUGAACUCAUGGUGAUUCACCUGCUUCUGCCUCUCCAGUGCUGGGAUUAAAGGCAUGCGCCACCAUGCUCUGCCAGGAUGAUUCUCUUAAAAAUCCAGACUCCAGCAUUCUAUAAAACUUAGUACUUCUUUUAAGAACAUAAACAUACACGUUUUAACUGUCCCAAACAAUCAUGACUUACUGGGAGGGGGAACGUUGUCUGUGUAGAACAGCAGGUAGUCAACUGUUUCUAGGGUGUCUACCCCCACCUUUUAACUUUGGACAAAUACCAAAUAGGAUGCACUCCCUAUUCAGGAUUUUCCCGGCUGCCAAUGGAAUCGCAGACACCUGGAAGAACUCACAACAUUUUCUGGCCCUGCCCCUUUCCCCAAAUGUCUCUGCAGGGCUGAGGCCUUCCCCACCCUGGGGAAUGUGGGGGCCGCGCUCUUUAAGAAGGGAGGCUGAACGCGGCCAGGAGAAGCGCCAGGCAUGCGGCCGGGGCACCUGGGGUUUGCGGAACUCUCAGGGUGACCGCGAUGCGGGGGCCGCGGCCGGACGCACCCGAGAUAGUGCGAGGACCUGGGCUCAGAGACUAUAGUGACUCUGAAACUGAAGGAGAGAUUUUUAAUUCUUUAGUGCAAUAUUUUGGUGAUAAUUUGGGGCCGAAAGUUAAAGGAAUGCCAUUAGUUGAAGAAACUUCUUUACUUGAAGAUUCAUCAGUGACGUUACCUGUGGUAAUAAUUGGAAAUGGACCUUCAGGAAUAUGCCUUUCGUAUAUGUUAUCAGGCUACAGACCAUAUUUAUCAUCUGAAGCAAUACAUCCAAAUACAAUCCUACAUAGUAAACUAGAAGAAGCAAGACAUCUCUCCAUUGUUGAUCAGGACUUAGAAUACCUGUCUGAGGGUCUGGAGGGCCGAUCAUCCAAUCCAGUGGCAGUACUUUUUGACACACUUCUUCAUCCAGAUGCUGACUUUGGCUAUGACUACCCAUCCAUUCUGCACUGGAAAUUGGAACAGCACCAUUAUAUCCCUCACUUAGUUCUUGGUAAAGGCCCGCCUGGUGGGGCAUGGCAUAAUAUGGAAGGCUCUAUGUUGACAAUCAGCUUUGGAAAUUGGAUGGAGCUACCUGGACUUAAAUUUAAAGACUGGAUGUCUAGCAAACGAAGGAACUUGAAGGGGGACCGUGUUAUGCCAGAGGAAAUAGCUCGCUACUACAAACACUAUGUAAAUGUCAUGGGUCUUCAGAAGAAUUUCCGAGAGAAUACUUAUAUAACCUCUGUAUCAAGACUCUACAGAGAUCAAGGUGAUAGUAAUGGUAGUCAAGACAGAGAUAUUUCAACAAAGCAUUUACAGAACCAGAAGUCAAAAUUUAUCAAGAGAAACUGGGAAAUCAGAGGCUACCAGCGAAUAGCAGGAGGUUCUCAUGUUCCCUUUUGCCUGUUUGCUGAGAAUGUAGCUCUUGCAACCGGAACGUUGGAUUCUCCUGCCCACCUGGAAGUUGAAGGGGAAGAGUUGCCUUUUGUGUUUCAUUCAAUGCCUGAAUUUGGAGCUGCUCUAAACAAAGGAAAAUUGUGUGGCAGACCGGAUCCAGUGCUGAUUGUAGGUUCCGGCCUUACUGCAGCUGAUGCAGUACUGUGUGCUUACAACAACAAUAUCCCUGUGAUCCACGCAUUUCGCAGACGAGUAACUGAUCCAAGCUUAAUUUUCAAACAGCUUCCGCAAAAGCUGUAUCCUGAGUAUCACAAAGUCUAUCAUAUGAUGUGUACUCAGUCAUACUCUGCAGACUCAGAUCCUUUAUCUGAUUAUACCAGCUUUCCUGAGCACCGUGUGCUUUCCUUUAAGUCAGACAUGAAAUGCAUUCUUCAGAGCGUCUCUGGAUUGAAGAAAGUAUUUAAGCUGUCUGCAGCUGUAGUCCUAAUAGGUUCUCAUCCUAACCUGGCGUUUCUGAAGGAACAGGGGCGUUACCUAGGCCGUAACUCAAGCCAGCCAAUAACAUGCAAGGGUAACCCCGUGGAGGUUGAUGCGUACACCUAUGAGUGUGUGAAAGAAGCCAACCUUUUUGCUUUGGGCCCUUUGGUUGGAGACAAUUUUGUUCGAUUUUUAAAGGGAGGGGCAUUGGGUGUUACACGCUGUUUGGCUACAAGACAGAAGAAAAAGCAGCAUUUGUUUGUUGAAAGAGGAGGAGGAGAUGGGGUAGCUUAAGGAAGGUUUACAGUAAUUUAAAUGGACGCUUACCCAUUAAAGAUUUUUAACAGUGGCUUGCAGUGUAUUGGCUUGAAUGAACUGGGAGGGCCUCCGCUGUCACUCUUCCAAAGUUGGCAAAGCUUGGUGUCCCAAGUUGUAUUAAAGUGUAUCAAAAGUGUCACUCAGACAAAUCCAAACACUGCCAACUUGGUAUCCAUCAUGCUUUCAGUUAACUAGAAUGCUCUUUUCUAACUUGGCAUUUAUAAAGCCAGUCAUUAAGACAGCAAUCAUACUUAAUUCAUAUUGGGUUACCUACUGCUUGAGGGAUGUCCAAGGGCCAGCAGCAUCAGCUUCCUCUGUAGCUCAUUAGGAAUUUAGGCUGACUGCACUUCCAUAAGAUCCCCAAGGGUUAUGUAUUCAUUGAAUGCAGUUUGAAGUCCACUGGCCUAAAUGAACAUGGGCUGUAAAGUAUGUAUGCUGGGGUAGGAUAGGAGGAAGCAUUUUCAACUCAGGUUUUAUUUAUUUUGAAAUUAUCAGUUAUAUAAACCUAAUUUAUUACCAAGUAUGAUGGUCUUUAAAAAUAUUUUUACUGUUGAAACAUAGGUAAGUAUUUGAUAUCCUUACUUUCUCGUAAUUUAACAUUUUAAUAAUGCUGACAUCCAAGAAUCCACCAAGGUACUUUUCAGAGAUUUAUUCUGUUUAGCCACCAUAACAUCUAAUGAAUCUGAUUUGCAAUUCAAUAAAUUGUGGACGGAACUACUUA